CUAAAGCUAUUUUGCAUAUCCUGUUUCUCUGACUCACAAUAUGUUGGCAGUUAUUGCCAGAGGAGGCUAGCCGAGCUGCGCUAGCCACAUAGAUGCUCAGAGUGCUGCACAAAACUAAAAGCAAGAAGAGACAGGCUGAUAUCCAGUGAUGGACGGGUUUGCAGGGGACAUGCUGAGCGGUGGCCGGGCCCUGCUCGCUGAGGACAGCUCGGUCAUGGCUCGCAUGCAGAAGAAGUUCUGGAAGACCAAGCAGGUCCUCAUCAAAGCCACGGGCAAGAAGGAGGAUGAGUACGUCGUGGCCUCAGACGCUGACCUGGAUGCCAAGCUGGAGUUUUUCCGCUCUGUUCAGUACACGUGCACGGAGCUGCUGAAGGUCAUCGAGAAGUACCAGCACAGGAUCACACGCUUGUCUCAGGAGGAGAAUGAGCUGGGCCUGUUCCUGCGCUUCCAGGCAGAACACGAUCGCACAAAGGCUGGCAACAUGAUGGACGCCACCAGCAAGGCCCUGUGCACCUCCGCCAAGCAGAGGAUGGCACUUUGCCCACCACUGCGCCGUUUGCACCAGGAAGUGGAGACAUUCAGGCGGCGAGCCAUUGCUGACACGCUACUGACAGUCAGUCGUAUGGAGAAGGCCCGCACCGAGUACAGAGGAGCUCUGCUCUGGAUGAAAGACGUCUCCCAGGAACUGGAUCCUGACACCUACAAACAGCUGGAAAAGUUCCGCAAGGUCCAGACCCAGGUCAGAGGGACAAAGAGCCAGUUUGAGAAGCUGAAGAACGAUGUGUGUCAGAAGGUUGACAUGCUGGGAGCAAGCCGCUGCAACAUGCUUUCCCACUCCCUCUGUACCUACCAGACCACUCUGCUGCACUUCUGGGAGAAGACGGCCCACACCAUGUCGGGAAUCCAUGAGGCCUUUCGCGGACAUGUACCAUACCAAUUCACCACACUCAAGGACCUGCGUGAUCCACUGGAUGAAAUAACAGAUGCAAAAAAACAAGAGGAUAAGAAGGAGAAGGAUCUACAGAGUAACACAGACAGUCUGGUGUCCUUGGAUGACAGCGAGCCAUCAGGAAGUGCCUCUGGUGCAGACCCCAACCACAGCAGUGAUGGACAGAGCCAAACCAGUGACAGUGUGACACCACCACAAAACACCACCACACCUAUCUCAGCCCCCCAAGGACUGUCAGUGGACUCUCAUGACGACCUAAUGCUCAUGGACUGUAGUCUGCCACAGUCACAGCUCCCAGCUCCAGCAAAUGUCCCUCUCCAGCCCCAGCUCCUGCCUCCUGCUCAGGGUGGAGACCCUGAUGAGCUCUGGGGCCUCAAAAGCCUCCAGUCCCAGCUGCCUGCCACCGGUGGGGCUCUGCUCUCAGGUGGUCCGCCCCACCCUGCUGGGACAGGGCUGAGACCGGAAGAGGAAGAUGGCGAACAGGGCGACAUGGCUUUCUUAAAAGACCUCCUCAGCCCGGACUGGGGGGCCAGUGACGAGUUCAGCAGAGAGUGGCAGGAUGCUUUUGGGCUGUUUGACCCUCCCAGCAAUCCUCCUCCGAGCACGGGAGCAGCAAGUAGUGGACCAUCAGCAAGCAGUGGCCCAGCAGCAGCGUGUCUGCCCUCAAACCCCCCCAGCCCCACAGGCUUCUUGCCCUCACAUCUGCUGGAUCACAGUCUGAGCUCUACAGGCUGGGCAACCCCACCUAUGUUCCAAGCUCCGCCCCUGCAGCCUCCUCCGGGUCAGAACCAAUCAGCUCAGCCGGCUACAAGUUCAGCACCAAAUGCUACUCCGGAUGGAUCCAAAGACAUGUCGGCGUGGUUCAACCUGUUUGCAGACCUUGACCCCCUCUCCAACCCCGACGCCAUUGGACGCUCACCGGAUGAGCUGCUCAACGCCUAAAGCUGUGUGUGUGUGUGUGUGUGUGUGUGUGUGUGUGUGUGUGUGUGUGUGUGUGUGUGUGUGUGUGUGUGUGUGUGUGUGUGUGUGUGUGUGUGUGUGUGUGUGUGUGUGUGUGACAUUGAUGCACACACAAAUGCGCCUGCAUUUCUGUUACGAGAUGGGUGCAUAGCCACACAUGCUAAUAGUUAUUUUAAACUGGAAAAGAAAAAACAGUUGGUUGAGACGAUUGUUAAACGCUCUCUGCAGCUUUGUAAAUGACACUAGUGUUAACACUACACGUGGAGCCACUCACUCAUAUACACACAGCAGACCUCGCGUUUUACCUUUCAGUCAUUGCAGCUUCUGACAAGUGGAGAGAAUGUAUAUACAGGUUUAUUGUGGACUGAAGCUGUGUGUUUUUCUGUUAGUCAUGUUUGCGUUGUGUGGGCGUGUAUCCGUUUGCUGUGUGUACACGUCACAGGGGACCCAGGAUGUAAAACACAUCUCUAUUUACUGCUUAAUGUUGAGGCUGAUGCCACCACUAGACUGUACCAGCCUGAACUAGAGGCCGUUUCUUUGUGGGUUUUGUGACACCAACAGCCUCUUAAUGAGUAUCCAUCCACCUUCAUCUCAGAUUCUACUGGCUCUGAAUGUAGUGUGGGUAAAAAUAGGACACGUUUGAAAUUAUUUUCAGUCCCAUCUGGCGUUAAGAUUCCACAAUCACAAGUCUAAAGCCAAGAAAAAUGCGUUAAGGAUAAAACAUUUGCGUUGUAGUCAUUUUCUUUUGAAGAAAGUUUUAAAGUAGCACAGAGAAUUAGAUUAUUUUGGGGUGGGUGGGCUAUUAAAGUCCUAUAAAUCUGCAAAUAACGACGCCUAAGAUGCAUUAAAACUUAUUUAUUUUCAGAUUAUAUCACUGUAUGCAAAAUCAGAUGUUUUUGUUUUACAGUACAGAUACAUUUAACACUAAAAUAUCACUGUAAAAUCUAUCAAUUUUUAACUUUGUGUGUUGUGUAUUUUGAGAAUUCAGAUGAAUUUUCAAUAUUAUACUUAUUAUAACACAUUGAUAUAUUAUGACAAUAUAUUAUUGUUUUAUGGGAAAAGAUUCAACACUGGAGAACUGUUACCAUGUCAUAAAAUAGAUUUCUAACCAACCUUAUGUGGUUUAAUUCCCACUGAUAUUUGUGUUUGAGGAGAAAGAAAUUGCACAAUGAAGAUGUAGAUAUCUGUUUUCUAAAAUGUAUUUUAAGGAAAAUAUUCCUCGGUUGUUGACAUGUGCCUAUCGAGUCCACAUGUACCAACUGAAAGCAAAUCCUCAGUUACGACAUUUGUGUGCCUGUACAAAUCUCACUCAGUGGAGCUAAGGUGAUCGAAGUGCAUCGUGGGAAAAAAACUACUCUGAAAACACUUUUUUUAUACAAGCUGCACAUUAUUAUCUCUCUCUUAUCCACGUGCAGUGGUCACAAGGGAAACUGCUGUAGUAGUGUUUUUGUCACAUGUAUUGAACUGUUUACUCUUGAUUUACACACUUUAAACAAAGAAUGUACAUCUCAAGUCAAUCACAAAUGCUUUUUAUUUAAUUCAACUAUGCCUUUUUAUUUCACUCCAGGGGUUUAACAGAUGACAACUUGGCAGUUCUGUUUCCAAUAAACUGGACAAGCAAACAGAA